GGUCCAUUUAAAAUAUGGUAUUGGAAAGGAGCAAGCUAUUACCUUCUUUUUAAUCACAAUGUGGACAAAUCUUAGUAACAUGAGCUGUCUCCUAGACAGACUCCCACAAACAAGCUCACUCCUAUAUAAAGUGUAGGCAUGUGGAUUCUAACAAGGGAUUUAGACAUUAAUAACUUAGCAAUUAGCCCUACAUCUUUGAAUCUUCUUGUCCCCUAGAGUGCACGCUUAAACAUGUUCAACAGUGAGCAGGAAGGUUUCUAUGCUCCCUCCACCAUGUUGGGCCCUAGGAUUUCAUUUUCCCAUGAUUUUGCAGACACCCAACAACAACAACCCAUCAGGCAAGAAGCUAGAAGCUAUAAGGAAGCACCGGUCUCUGCGGAUUUCGAGUUCUCGGUGAACAACGACUCCAUGAUACCUGCCGAUGAGAUCUUCUCCAAGGGCAAGUUGCUACCUCUGAAGAGCAAUGGGACCAACCCGCUGAGGAAGAUGACGCUUCGGGAUGAGUUGCUCGUGGAUGACGACGACUUGCCGAGGUUGACAAGUAGUCCGGGACGGUGGAGAGAGAGGUGGGGCUUGAAGAGGAGUCACUUUGCAUCCAAGAAAGGGGAUAGGAGUGAGAGCUCCCUAGAGAAAGUGGUGGAGGACAAGGCUUCCAUCUUUGCCUUGACAAGCAAGAAGUAGCGACAGGUAAUGUUUCGGAGUGUUCCCUAAAAAAUUGAUCUCGAAAAAGUGUUUUCAGGA